CGGGGGACGCCCGGCUGCAAGUCUCCCUCACCACCAUUGAUCAGUCCAACAUGAUUCCCAACCCUUCCUGAAGACCAAACCAACAGAAAAACCAUCUCAAUACGCCGCGAAAAUGUCCCUCCCAAACACCCGCACCGCGCGCCUGGCGAGCUGGUCCGCAACACUCACAUACAGUGACAUCCCCGACCCCGCGAUCCAACGAACAAAAGACCUCUUCCUCGACUGGCUAGGCUGCACAAUCGCAGGGCGAUCUCACCCGGCCGUAGCUGCGAUUGUGAAAUUCGUGAAAGCGAUGGGCCCGACGUCGGGGAAAAGCGAGCUUGUUGAUGGCGAAUUGGGGUUCAGUACCUCCGCCGCGUUCGCGGCGCUGGUUAAUGCCGCUGCGAGCCAUGUUGUUGAGCAGGAUGAUUUGCAUAAUGGCAGUAUUACGCAUCCAGCGACGGUUAUCUUCCCUGCUGCGUUGGCAGUCGCGCAGGACGUUGGCGCGGACGGAAAGGACCUGAUCACGGCUUGUGUGGUGGGCUAUGAAGUCGGUUGCCGCGUCGGCGCGUACUUCGGCAAGAGUCACUACGAGAACUUCCAUUCAACAGCCACAGCCGGAACCCUUGGCGUCGCCGCCGCAGCUGCACACCUGCUCAAGCUCUCACCAGCAGAAACGCUCUCGGCAAUCGGCACAGCCGGCACACAAGCUGCAGGACUGUGGCAGUUCCUCCUCGACGCAUCACACUCGAAACAAGUGCAUACAGGCAAAGCCUGUUUCGACGGGAUAUUCGCCGCGUACACGGCGCGCGACGGGUUGCUCGGCACAAAGGAUAUCCUCGAGGGGCCGCGCGGGAUGGGGAAUGCGCUUGUUCCUGGGGAGACGAAGCCAGAGGCUAUUGAUGGUAAUCUGGGGGGUGACUUUGAGGUGUUGAGGUCAAGUUUCAAGUGGCAUGCCAGCUGCAGACAUACGCAUCCGAGUGUGGAUGCGUUGCUUGCGCUUAUGGCUAAGCAGAACGUCAAAUUCGAGGAUAUCGAGUCCGUCCUCGUACCCACAUACCAAGCCGCCCUGAACGUGCUGGGAAUGAGCGGGACAUGCGAAACGGUGCACCAGAGUAAAUUCAGCAUGGGGUUUGUGCUGGCCGUUGCGGCGAAGAAGGGGCAGGCGAUGAUUACGGAUUUCCGCGAGGAGGAUCUGAAGGAUGCGCAAUUGAGGGAGUUUCAGGGACGCGUGAGCAUGGUGCUUGAUGAGGAGAUUGAGGCGGCGUUUCCGGCGCGCUGGAUGGGGAGGGUUGUUGUUACCACCAAGGAUGGGAGGGAGAUUGAGGAGAGGGUUGGGUUUGCGAAGGGGGAUCCAGAGGUUACCCUGACGAGGGACGAACUCGAGACCAAAAUGAGGAGUCUGGCUAGGUAUGGGGGCAUUACCGAUGGCAACAAGGUAGAAAGGCUGAUUCAACGGGCGUGGAAUCUGGAAAAUGAGAGCGAUUUGCAUGGGUUUGUUUUCUAGACAUUGUGCAAGCGAGAUCUUCAUGGCUGUGCUAGAACGAAACUAGAUUUCUUGCAUAACUUGACAAUCUAUAUUCGCACAUUACCAGGCGAAUGUCAUAUUCCCAAAAACAUCGGACAUGCAAACAGAACCACAGUCCGGUCCUCGUCUAUCCCGCCUUCUCGUCGACCUUUUCAACAUCAACGAGGCCACCAGCCGCCUGAUCUUCCCGAG